AUGUCUUCCCACGACUUGUUUCGCGAGUACCAGGGUCAAAUCGUGUCCCAGAGCUACAAUGCCGGCUUUGUUGCUCUAAGCUACGUCGUCAGCCUGGUCGGCGCUGGCUCGACCCUCGAGCUCAUCAACAGGAGAACUGCAUUCCGGGGUCUCUUCAACCACCUCUUGCUUGUGAGCUCUGCUGUCACCAUGGGCGGAGUAGCCAUCUGGUGCAUGCACUUCAUCGGAAACAGAGCCAUCGACCUUGCCAAUGGAGAACCCGAGAUGCAAAUCGCCUACUCUAGCGGAUUCACAGCCGUAUCCUUCUUCAUCCCUAUCCUCGUCUUGCUAGCAGCCUUUCUCGCAAUCGGCACCAAUAAUACGGUUUCCUGGUGGAGAGUUAUUGUUGGUGGUGUCCUCUGCGGCACGGCCGUCUGCGGCAUGCACUACCUCGGAAACGCCUCUAUCGAAAACUACACCUGCGUAUAUCGACCAGCCUAUGUUGUCGGAGCUGCCUUCAUCGCUGUCGUUGCCAGCAUUGUUGCACUCGCCAUGUUUUUCGUCUUCAGAGCCAUGUGGGCCAACGCGUGGUGGAAGCGAGCUAUCUCAGCCGUUUUCCUUGCAGGUGCGGUAUCAGGGAUGCAUUGGUGUGCUGCUAUGGGAACUCAAUAUCGGCUUAAGAACAUCAAGCCUGAAGGCAACGAGCCCUCAAGGAGCGCAACUGUCAUCGUUGUCAUUUGUCUUUCCCUUGGCGCUUGCUUCAUCAUUGCCGUCUCUGCCAUUCUUCGGGCAAGGAAUAUAAGGAAGUCGGCACUCCGAGCCCAACAGGUCACACUUGGCGCAGCCGUCUUUGAUAAUAGCGGUAGAAUCCUCGUCGAUCCUGAUGGAUUCAUUCCCAGCACCGUCGUUACCGACUCCUUCUUGGAAAAGAACUCCAAGGGAGGAUUCGGCAUCGGUCACCCACUCUUCCAGUGGAUGUUCCAAGCAUCGAGAAACUGGGGCAUAAUCUCAAUCCUAGUUGGUGGCAUGAGGCAGCAUGUAUCACGGCUGCCGCACUCGGGCACCCAUAAAGAUAUACGGCGUGGUAUUCGGCUCAUUAGCGAGCACGGCGAGAUGAUUGAGCGGUACGACGUCAUCUUCAGGGAGUUAUUUUGCCUCGCCGCAGCAGCGCUAGCAGACCGACUCAGAGAGGAUCUUACUUCAGUAGGCGUCUUGUGGGAUGAGAUUCUUCCCACGGGAGCAAACGGCAAGUGGUCACAGCCAAAGCCUCACAAAAACCCUCAGGAAAGUCCCGGAUCCGGAAACGGAGGCGUGCACGAAGACGAACAGGGCGGCGUUGACAUGGCAGAAAAGGGCCUCGAAACCUGGCAACCAGACUCUGGACGCGGAUCGCUGAUGUUGCUCAUCCGCCGCGUUGAGUCAGACCGAGACGCCGAGCGCUUCGUGUCGGCUGGCUAUCGUUUCGCUGAGCCUCAUCAGGUGAGCGACAUUAUCAGAUCGAGCAUGCAGAUCCAGACUCCGGAAUUCGAGACAAAACUUCGAUCCAUGUCGACAUAUACGACAGAGCAGAACCAGAUGCUUCCAGGAGUUCAUCUGGGUUUCUUUGCCGUCCGAGCCCGUGUCAGCUCCGGGUUUGAGGUCCUGGUCCGAAAGGGUGCCCGCCAUCUACUUCCAUCCAUGGCUCUUCCGACCAAGGCUCUCGAUAAGUGGCACGUGCAGUUUCUCAGGAGGUUUGAGAACAUGUCUGUUUCCAAGGUACUCCAGGGUUUGGAGGAGGAGGCCUCACUGCAACGAAGCGCCCGAGAGACAGAGUUUGCAGACGCCGUCCUCACAUCCACCAUCGUUAGUGUACCUUGCCGAGGUGACAAAGCGCAGGCAGAGGCCACCAUGAUCGCGAUGCGACUGGUGAUUCCCAUUCACUCGGUACUCUUGAGUCAAAACUGUGAGUUUGUGCCUCUCGGCUUCUUUAAGAUGCGCCAGGUGUCGGCGCAGUUUCAACAAGAGUUCACCCGAGGCGUGCAUCAAGAGUUUGGGCAUAUUGUAAAGCUCGGGGACGGGCGUGAGGAAUCUGAACACAGCUGGCACGGACGUUCAGCCAAGUUCUGGCCGUUUGGACGGGCCGACAGUUCAGUGGCGACCAAGUCAAACAGUAGGACCAUGGCGACAGUGGGCGGACGACGAUUCUCCUUACCCGAUUCCACACGGUCUGGUUCGACGAUUAACCUUUGGCCGUCUGGUAAUGUCAACCGGACAAGGUCGAUGGACUCGGCAGAUGGUUCGGGCACAUAUCCGGCAGCACAGGAAGAUGAAGCUCAGGCGACGCCAUCGUACGGGGGCAUCAUGGUGUUUCAAGAAAUCACGAUUGAUGUUGAAGAAGGAAAGGCAAGGGGAGAGGCGGGCCCUGGAUCUGACGGCUCCGGCACCGUCAUGAUCGAACCGACCAACUCGAAACCAUCGCUGGCAGCAGGAAUCGAGCUACAGUCGAUGGGCCAUAUCGGAAACAAUGUGCACGCGGGCUCACAAGCACUGGUGUCUAUCGACAUUGCGGCACGUAAGGGAUCUGUAGGCCCUGCAUCGUCUUUUGUGGAUAUACUAUUUGCUGAGACUGUUGAGAGCCUGUAG